CCACUUCUCCCACCCAUCGCACCUAAACAUGUUGGCAAGAAGUGUUUAGUGCUUGACCUGAACGAGACCCUCGUCCAUAUUAACAUCAUGCCCAUACCAGAUCCAGACUUUGUCGUUCCUGUCCAAAUUGAGCAUCAAUGGCACAACAUGUAUGUACAGAAGCGACCAGGAGUAGACAAGUUUCUUCGGCAGAUGGGUGAGCUGUACGAAGUAGUAGUGUACACUGCAAGUCUGGGUUCCAUGCAUUCAUUACAGUAUGCAGAUCCAGUGAUGGACCAUCUCGAUAUCUACAAUGCCGUUUUGCAUAGGCUUUUG